AUGCCUCGGAAAAUUGAGGAAAUCAAGGACUUCCUGCUCACAGCCCGGCAGAAGGAUGCCAACUCUAAGAAGAAGAAGAAGAACAAGGAUAAUGUGAAGUUCAAGGUUCACUGCAGCAGGUACCUUUCCACCCUGGUCAUCACAGACAAGGAGAAAGCCGAGAAGAUGAAACAGUCCCUGCCCCCUGGCUUGGCAGUAAAGGAGCUGAAAUGAAGCAGACUUCUGUGUUUGAGUAUUAAAAACUCUAAAAAAUCCAAAUAAAUAAAUAAAUAAAUAUGAUUCAUUUAUUUUUAUUUUAUGUGUGUUGGUGUUUUGCUUGCAUGUAUAUUCUGUGUGAGUAUGUGAACCUGGAACUGGAGUUACAGACAGUUGUGAGUUGUCAUGUAGCCAGUGCUCUUAAUUGCUGAACCAUCAUCUCUCUAGCUACAC